CUCCCUUUGACACAACCAUGGGCGAAUCACACACGCCCAUGUCGAGACUUGUUUACGGUUCGCAUGAAAUGGUUAAUCAACGAAGGACAAGUGCCUCGGAGAGUCACGCAAGCUCCAGGAAGUAGUGUUUGUUUUCCUCUUGUUUUGUUGCUGUUUUUUAUGGUGCUGCAAUAGCGGAUCAGAAACAUUUCCCUUUCCCCUCUCUGUCUGUACUGCAGUGCGCAGCUAAAAGGCAACGAUCCCUCACUACGUGCCUAUUUGAUUCAUAUGUGACUGGCGGCACUUUCGCGAUCGACAACAAGGACACUCCACUUGCGAAACUACCAACUUUCCAAAGCUCGAUAUGCCAGAUCUCAACAGCGUUUCUUCAGCCCCUCGUGCGAUCGACGAAACUCGUCAACAGUCCUCGCACGCAAUGCCUCCUCCGCCGGUGGCACAGUCGCCCUCCCUCAAUAUUCUUCCCUCGAACCAAACAGCCCACACAUCUGCCACGACGUCGUCCUCCGCUCUUGCCUCACCACAGCUUCCCCCAGCUGCAGUCGCGUCCAACAUGAGCUCUGACAAUGCCGGAGCUGGGUCCGGUCCGGGACCGAUACGGCAUCCUCGUCCACUGACUGCUGCUGAAUUGCACCUACAGCUAGAGAAGGAACAGGAGGCUGUGGUCAACCGUCUCACCCGCGAGCUGUCAAUUCUUCGAGCAGCACAGAAUGCCUCAGUUGUUUCCAACACUUCGUCGACCUCGGCCAGCGUUAGCGGCGCUGAAGGAACACCUGCCACAGACUUGAUCUCAGGUUCCGGAUUCUCGAUCCCCUCGACGAGCGGACGCCGGCACCACCGUACAUCCUCCAGCCACAGUGCACGCAGUCAGGCCAUCAUGGGGACUUCGUUUGGGGCCGGUUCGAUGGUUGGAACUGGGCCCUUGCCAGCUCCUGCAGGUCGGCCUUUUGCCACCAGUUUGAGUAGACAGAACAGCACCGCUUCGCGACGCAGCCGGGCUAGUUCUCCAAUACCUCCAGUCCAUCACUCGAACCCAAUAGACAUUGCACCCAGUGGCGGAUACUUUCAAAGGGGUCAGCCUCCCAUGGCAUCCAGCUAUGAGCUUUCCCCUGGUUUGAUGCAAGCUACACACCGGUAUGAGGAGGUAGCAUACUACCGAUCAGAGCUCGAAUCUGCCAAGCGAGAGAAUGAAAUACUCCGCCGGCGCAUACAAGAGCUAGAGCGAGCCGUCAGGGAUCGUAGGACAAGUGACACCGGCCGAACACGGUCGGAGAGCGUGUCGACAACGGCAAGUGUGGCAGCUAGCACUGGCGGAGGCGCGACGGCGACAGGAACGGGUGUCAUGGGCGGUAGCGGCGUGGGUGUGGCAGGCCGCAGAGAAGGUGGUGGACGGGACAGGGUCGUCAGUGUGGCCGGCAGUGUCGGUGUUGGUGUACCAGAAGACGAGGUUCGUGUGGGCGAAAGUGCGGCCAGUGCUGGAUUGGGAACGGCGCAAUCUGGGACUGCUGGGGUUAAGAGAUCUACGACCUGAGACGCCAUGACAUUGUUGGGCUGAAGGCGAAAAGGAAGAAUGCGAGCAUAGCGGGGCUUUUGGCACGCGUGCUAUCCGAGUUCAUGAGCUUGGCAAAAGUUAUGGAUGACGACGAGCAAAACGUGAUAUGCUUCUCCUUUUUGGCCAAGAUCAUUUAUUGCAACCAAUUUUCUUUCUCGUCUCAUUGUUCUCCUACGAUUCUGCCUGUUUCUUGAGCUGCGGUUCUCGAUGAUUUCACUUGUUACCUCCUGCAGACGGUCAGAAAAGAGACUAGAACUGUUCUGUUUUGUUUUCUGGACCUUAUUGUUGAUAUCGUGGAAUUGAAAGAUAGCAAAUGGUCCCAUAUCAUGAUAAGUCGCAACUCAUGUCAACCCAUAAACCCAGCAAUCUUUUAAGCGGCAUGGAAAGACCAAAGUAUGCCCUCUGCGGAGGCUUGGGGUUGUGUCAUUUGCCGGGGCUUUUCCGUGUGGCUUUAGCCCGCCCAAGUCCCGGUUGCGUUGAGUUUUAAG